AGCAGGCAGACGACUUGGAUGGGAUUUUGGUUUAUCUUUUAAGUCGCUGGGAUUUGAGCUUCAUCUAAUGGGAGAUUCCUGCUGCUGCUUAACUGAGUGCUGGAUCACAUCUCUGAGUGCAGCACGAGGGUCAGGAGGGAAAGAGGAGUGAAAGAGAGAGAGAGAGAGAAACUCAGAGGGAGUUUAGCUGCUGGAGUUAAAGCAGAGUUAGUAGGAAGCAGAAAAUGGGACCGGCUGCCACCUCGCUCGCUCUCCUGUGUUUAUACUCUGUGUGUGUGUGUGUUCCUACAGGGACAGUGGACGCUUCACCGACACAGGCAUCACUGCCAGAGGUGAAGAAGACCAGAGGAGAUGUUCCUGAUAUCCUUCCAGAGCCUGAACCAGAGCCAACCAGUCCAGUGUCAGACUUUGAAAACUCAUAUAACUAUGUCUUGUCCAGACUGGCCGGUAUGGACCAGGCCAUCCAUAAACUGAAUGUUGGUCACUACACGCUGGAUGUUAAAGUCAGCCAGUUGAUGGACCGUCUGAUCAGAAUGGAUGCAAAGGUUGGAGAGCUGGAGGACAGCAUCCGGGAGGUCUACCAGCACAGCAGAGACAACCGCAAGGAGAUGGGAAGGCUGGAAGGCUGCCAGAAAGGACACCGGAUGGGAUACAAAUGUUAUCUUGUAUACAACAGCCAUGAGGACUACGCCGGAGCAUCCAGGAAGUGCCUGGAACGUGGAGGCCGCAUGGCGAUGCCCCGCGACCGCAAGGAGCAAGAGGCCCUUGCGGACUACGUCAAAUCAUUCUUCCACCCGGGCAACUGGCCCGUCUGGCUGGGCAUCAACGACCUGCGAUCUGAGGGCAUGUACCUCUUUGAAGACGGGACGCGGGUCUCAUAUUUCCAGUGGCGCAAACACUUCCUGUCCAGCCAGCCCGACGGAGGGAGGCGGGAGAACUGUGUGGCGAUGUCGUCAGAUGACGGCGACUGGUGGGACCACUACUGCGAUCGGACCAUGAACUAUCUGUGCGAGUUUGAUGACAGGGUGGCACUUUAAAAUGAACUCUCUCGCCAUCUUACUUUGACCUUCAGUCGCUGAAAGAAAUAAAAGUCCUUUAUAUUUUCAAAUAACUUAUUGCCUUUAAAAAGACACUUAAUUAACAUGAAUUGGUUGUAUUCAAUUGUCUUCAAUUCUCCAUAUGAAACGUAUUGUGUUUUUUAUGUAAAGAAAAUAUCAUUUCAUUUCUAUAUGCAAUUAAUCUAGUAUUUUAAGUAGUGACAGUAGAAAAAAAAAAACAUUUGCCAUGAUAUUUAAUGGUAUUUUCAUUUUUUUUAAGGUGAAACAUAGGUCUCAAAUGCACACAGAGUCAUGUAUCGCUAUUUAACUUCCUGAAAAAGACACACUAUAAGAAAUCUUAUUAUGUCAGUAUUAUAAAUAUUAUAUUAUUCCUAUUAUAAAUAUUAUAUUAUUCAUGCAACUGCAGUGAUAUGAAUGUAAACUAGCCAGGACUCUGCUGUGAUUUCACACCUGGAAUUCUAAAUAUUUGUUCACAGUUUCCAAAAAUGGGAAAACGCAGAAAGCUGGAGGCCCUUUCUUCAGAAUCAGUACAUACUGAACCUCUUGAAGAUAUAAAUCAACGUGUGUUUGAGCUUCACAGGAAUUAGGCAGUGCUUCUCUGUUACUCCAGAGCUUUCAAGAUAUUUUAACAAAGUCUGGUUCCAGCCGGGACUGCCCUGUUCAACUGCUGAUUCUUCAACAUCUCUGGAGUCAUUUUUUAAGGUGCAGUCGCACUUCUAAAUCCCCUUACACCAACAAAAUGACAUGAUUACUGUAUGUAAAUGUAUUCUGUCCUACAGUAUGUAAAACAAGAAAGUUGUACAUAAAACACUGAAUGUAAAUGUUGUUCAUAAAUCUUUACUAAAGGUUUAUUUGGUUUACAGCAUUGUUUUCUGAUCAGUCAGGAAAAGUCGGUCAGCUUCAUCAGUAGGGCCGGGUAGCAUUUUUGAUACAAUGCAGAUACCAAAAUACUUUUUUGAUACGUAACUUUGUAUUUUUGCCAAGUCUUGCAAAACUUUUUCA